AGGAGGAUGAGGUGGAAGGGCGAGGAGGAGGAGGGGGGGGUGAGGGAACAGUCCGAACAGAGUCUAAUAAUCCUCAAAUCUCCCCCAAGCACGGCGCAAAUUGCGCAUAUUUGUCACAUUACGGCCACAUUGACGCGCACCUCGGCGGAACCAGAGGAUUGAGCUGAACUAAAGUGACCUUCCACUUCCGCACGCAGCUGUGUGACGACGAGCGUACGGUGAUAGAUGACAGCAAAGCGGUUGGAACACCCAUGGAGAUAGUGAUUGGCAACAUGUUUAAACUGGACAUCUGGGAGACCCUGUUGUCCUCUAUGAGGAUCGGUGAAGUGGCGGAGUUCUGGUGUGACAUCGUUCACACUGGUGUCUAUCCACUGGUGUCCAAAAGCAUGCGACGCAUCGCUGAGGGCAAAGACCCAGUCGACUGGCACAUCCAUACGUGCGGCAUGGCCAACAUGUUUGCCUACCACAGCCUUGGCUAUGAAGACCUGGAUGAGCUGAUGAAGGAACCGAAGCCGCUCUACUUCGUCCUGGAGCUGCUCAAGGUGCAGCAGCCCAGCGAGUAUGACAGGGAGUCGUGGGCUCUGAGUGAUGAGGAGAGGCUGAAGGCCGUUCCCGUGCUGCACGGCCAGGGAAACAAACUCUACAAACAGGGACGUUACCAAGAAGCCACACAGAAAUACAAGGAGGCCAUCAUCUGCAUUAAAAAUGUUCAGACCAAGGAGAAAGCAUGGGAGGUCCCGUGGAUGAAGCUGGAGAAGAUGGCCAACACUUUAACGCUUAACUACUGCCAAUGUUUGCUCCGCAUGGAGGAGUACUACGAGGUCAUUGAGCACACAACCGACAUUAUCAAUCAGCACCCAGGCAUAGUUAAGGCCUACUACCUGCGAGGGAAGGCCCACGUGGAGGUGUGGAACGAGGCGGAGGCCCGGCAGGAUUUCAGCAGGGUGCUGGACCUGAACCCGGGCAUGAAAAAGGCUGUCAAGAAGGAACUGGCCAUACUUAACAUGCGUAUGGAAGAGAAGAACGAAGAAGACAAGCUCAAAUACAAAGGCAUGUUUUGACCUGAUUAGACUGAGAGCUGAUCGACUAAAGAAGAAUUCAGCUGUUAAAUAUCAAACCUCUGCACAGGAUACUUACCUACGUGAGAGUAUCUGAUAAAAUGAUCCAUCUUAUACACUGCAAGGUUGUAUCAAACUCCAAAUUAUGUCUGACAACGUGUGUAAAAAUUAAAGGAAGGACUUUUCACUGUUAAAACCUGACUUAUUGUGGUUUAUAUGUUGUGGAUUUGCAUUAUGAUUAAAUUGUAAUUUAAUAUUUGUUUGUAUUUCUACUCCAUUGUUAAGCAUGGCCAAAAUAUGUACCCAAAUGCUAUA